ACAUGGUCUGGAGGAGGAGGAGGAGGAGGAGGCUUUCGCGCGGAGGUCGGUGCAGGAGCCGCGGCUCCUCUUUGCAGACUCGGAACCGUUCGGUCCAAACGGAACCGUCAUCAUGGAGGUUCCUGCCAUCAACCUGAAGGCCAUCGUCCUGGUGCACUGGCUGCUCACUGUUUGGGCGUGCAUGGCGUGGCCCUCCUUGUCCUUCAUGUGGGGGAACUUCAGCGUCUUGGCGGUGGGCGUGUGGGCCAUCGCUCAGAGGGACUCGGUGGACGCCGUCCUCAUGUUUCUGGUGGGCAUCACGGUGACCAUUCUGACCGACAUCAUCCACUUCGGAGUCUACUUUUCCCCCGGCCUCUUCGACUCCAGCGUGUUCCGCUUCAGUGCGGGGAUGGCCAUCCUCAACCUGCUGCUCAAACCCGUGUCCUGCUUCUUCGUGUACCAGAUGUACCGCGAGCGGGGGGGCGAGUACAGCGUCAACUUUGGUUUUCCCUCGGUAUCACGGAACAGAGAAGCCUAUCAGUCCAUCGACCAGCAGGACGAGUCGUCCAGCCCACCAAACCCCUUCAACCAGGCCCAGGACACCACCCGACCAGGAGUCCGCACGUACUGAGCGCCGCCGGACGCCAACCGCGCAGCCUUCUCUCUGACUUUAUAUGCAGCGACGGGCGACGAAUGUGUGCAAAACCCCACAAAUCCUUCUGGUGAAUAAAUACUUGGGGUGAACUCUUCAUCUUCCAGUGAAUGUCGUGUUUUCAGGAGGAAAUCUGAACCUCCUGCUGCUCGUCUGCUGUUACCAACGCGAUUCCAGUCAAGCUGUCAAGUAGAUUAUUUUUUACGUGGCAUUUACAGACGGUUACAGACAGUUCUGUGAGUUAUAGUCGUACCUUUUUGCAGUAUUUUAUGACUAUUUUGCAGAAACUCUUUGCUUUAACAAACUGAAAUAAAUGUUUGACCGAAAACUCA